ACGAUAGUUUCGAGAAAUUGUGUACAAUUUAUCAUUAUAUCUUAAUAUUUAAUAGAUGACAGAUUUAAGUCUCAAAUGCUUAACACUCAUAAGUUACUGUCUUUUUUUGGCCUAAUGUAAGGAUAUUGUUAAGUGUAAAAACAACUUCCCCAAAUGUAAAUCAUUCAUAUUUUUGAGCAGUAUUUCGCAUAUUUUAUCAGUGUGUGCUAUUAAAGAGAUCAUUUUUCAAGUUAAAGGUAUAUAGACAUAUAAUUAGUGUAUAUGAAGAAAAAUGAGGUUUUCUUUCUUGAAGUUGUAUUCAAAUUUAACUGCAUGUAGAUUCCUCUUGUGAUAUGGAGGCUGAUGAUCUUGCGGAAAGAAUUUUGCUAGAUUUGAGAAAUACGUUUAAGAAAGAUCCUCUUAUUGGUUUUAUUUGCUUGUUGGUUCGUAUAAUGCGUGUUUUGAAAUGGAAUGUUGCAAUGAAAGACAAGGAAUCAGGACUUCUGAAGCAGAGUUUGGCAUGUCCAAAAUGCAGAGCUGAUAUAAGAAGCCUGGGACAACUAUUUUUUCGGACGCCUGGAAAUCCUACAAGAUUUAGGAAAAGAAGUGAUGAAUUUGAUAUAUUGCCUGUACAUGAAUCGAUUCGGAACACAUGUCCUGUAAUUCAUAUUGAACAUAAAGUUGCCUUAGAAGACUGGUGUAUCAAACAUGUUUAUGUAUAUGCCUAUAAUAAAUUUUUUGCCUGGAAAAAGAAACCGUAUAAAUUUGAGUCGGAUAAACUGCUGAUUUGGACAUGUGCUAUAUUGUUGAUUAAUCCAGAGAUUGAAACUGUGUGGAAUGCUAGAAAAGAACUUGUGUGCCAAAAUAUUCUUACUCCAGAAGAUGAUCUAAGAUUUUCUGAAAUAGUUUUAAGUCGAAAGCCUAAAAGUUCACAAGUUUUUGCUCAUCGGAAAUGGAUUUUGUUGGAGUUGAUUAAAAAUAAACCUUCAACAUGUACCUUACAACAAAUUAUAGAACAUGAAUUUUUACUGUGUACCCGAGUUGCCAAUCUGUAUCCAAACAACUAUUAUGCUUGGUGCCAUCGUUCAUGGAUCAUACAAGAAAUAUUGCAUGUUUGUUUAAAGACUGUUUCUGACGAACUUGCUCGAAUGGAGCAUUGGGUAUCUACUCAUAUAUCAGAUUACAGUGGAUUUCAUUAUCGUCAGUUCCUGUUAUCAUGCUUUUCCUCAAGAAAGAAACUCUCAAAUAAACAUGUUUCAUCUUGUCCCUUGCAUAUAACACAUUUGGAAGGAGAAGGAAAUAUGAAAUGUAACAGUAGAUAUAUGAAUGGAAGUGAAAUAAUUCACUUCAGUGACACUUUGGAAAAAGAAUUGAUUCUUCUUUCAAGUCUGCAAACUUCUUAUCCUGGACAUGAAACAUUAUGGUAUCAUCGACGCUAUGUUUUGUAUGAAUUUCAGUAUAUUAAAAACUUAGGAGAAUCAUGUCCAGUUAAACUAAAAAACAUGGAUGGUGUUUGUAUUCAAGAUGUAGUUCAGUGCAAAAGACAUAAACUGGAAUGCAAUUUUUGCAACACAUCAGAUUGGGACUUACUAAAAGAAGAAAACUUUUUAACUCACUGCAUUCAACGUGCCAAAAAUAAUGACUGGGAAAAACAACUAAUUGAAAGACACCUAAAGUGGUUAAGAAAUGUAAUAUUGUGGCCAGUUAGACUGUCAGUCAGUUGAUUAUUGAGAAUUGUAUGUUUAUACUGUAAUGUUGUUUAGGAUUUGUUAGUGUAAAUAAAGAAUUUUUAUCAUUUUACAA